UGAGAACAAAACAGAUGAAAUUUCAUGAUCGUGUGUUUCAGUCAAUUAUUGCGAAAUCAAUAAUAAUAAGGUAAUUAAAAAAAUUGAGUGACAAGGUUGAAAUGAAAUGGUAGAUAGUAAUUUAAAGAAUUAUUUCAGAAUAUGUCAAGCUCUGCGGAUAUAAUCACAUAUAAUGACAUGUACUUGUACAUGUAAUGACAUACUGUAUAAUGAUAUGACAUUACACAUUAGUUUCAAAAUCUACUUUGGAAUAAUUCAAUGUUAACCUAAAUGUAAGCAAGUAUGUAAAAACAAAUAAGGUAACCAAAAAAUAGAUAGAGACAUGGUCAUUAAAUUUUGCUGUAAACUACAAAGCAGUUGGGAGAUUAUAAAAGCAGUCGGUAGAUGCACAAAUAUUACAUUAUCCUGCCAGUGUAUAGAGAUGUUGGGUUCUCUUGUCAUUUUUAUGCGUUUGACUGUUUGACACUGCAUCAUCAUCAAAAAGACUUUAUAUUUCAAAGUGAAGUUUAAAAUCAGUUCCAGCCAAGUUCAACUUAAUUGGAUAAAAUAAGACCAUAAUCUGUCAUAAUGUAUACUGGAAUGGAGAACAUCCGUUUAGUGGUGGGUUCUUUGACUUUAGCUCUUGGUAUCCCAGGAAACCUAACAAUUAUAAUAGUCUUCAUAAGACAAGGUAUCAAGAACGCUACAGAUGUCACCUUCACUGCUCUUGCCAUUGUAGAUCUCAUUGCCUGUAUCGUCAGUGGCGUGAAGAUUCCAAUUGUGUUCUUUCAAGAUGAACACCCAUGGCCAUGUUUUACUGAGAUUAUCGGAGGAAGAUCUACACUCUACGCUGGCUUGUUUCUCACAAUCUUGAUAGCUUUUUCUCGCUACCAAGCUAUCUGUAAGCCCUUUGAAAGGCGGAUUGGAAGACAAACUGCCAUCCUGAUCAACAUUGGUUGCAUACUUCUUGCAUUUUGUAUCCAUGUUCCAUUCUUUUUCACCUCCAAAUCAAAGAAUCUUGGAGGAGAUAAGUUUGGGUGCUUUGUGUAUGGCAACAUACCAUGGGGGCGUGCCGUCUAUGCCAAAUUCCAAGCUUCUGUAUUCUGUGUUUCUGCAACAGUCAUAACAAUCUUAUACAUCAUGAUAUACAAGUUCAUCCAUGCUCAUCAGAAUAUUCGCAACCAACUGGAUGUGGGUAUAGCAUCUGCACAUAAUGCUCUUUCUAAGUCAGAUGACCCAGCAACCAAAGCAGCAAAGUCUAAUGGAACACGAGAAAAUUGUGACCCACAAAACAAGGUCUCAAUCAACAUGAUAUCCCUCAAUCAUCAGGCAGUCCAAGAGCAGAAAGAUCAGGUACCAAAGAAACCUAGAGGCCAGAAGACCUAUCACAAGACAACCAAGACGGUCAUCAUUAUUUCUUUUCUAUUUUUUCUCCUCUGGUGUCCUAGCAUUGUACUUGAUCAAGUUCCAGAAGAGAAAAUCAUUCACAUCCUUCCAGAUCCACAACAAAGAGAGGAUUUCAUCUAUAUUUUCCAUCAAACCAAAUACAUCAAUAAUGUCAUCAAUAUUUUUGUCUACCUGUUUGUAUAUCAACGUUUCAGAAAAACGUUUUGCAAGACAUUUGAUUACUGCAAUAAGAAACCUAAUCCCAUUGAAGUGUAAAAAUGGAUUUCUUCAUACCAGCCUUGUAGAGAUUUGUAAAAGUUUUUCUGACAUUCACUGGGAUUACAUAUAGUUAAAGGUCAAGUCCCCGGAAAAUGUUGAUUUGAAUAAAUAGAGGAAAAUCAAACUACCAUAACGCUGAAAAUUUCAUCAAAAUCAGACGUAAAAUAAGAAAGUUAUGGCAUUUUUAAAUUUCGCUUAUUUUUCACAAACAGUGAUAAGCAAAAGUUAGUGACAUGCAAAUGUGUCAGUCAAUGAUGUUCAUCACUCACUAUUUCUUUUGUUUGAAUUAUACAAUAUUUCAUUCUUUUUAAUACAAAUUUGACAAUAAGGACCAACUUGACUAAAUUAAACAAUGCUAAUUCUAUGUGUUCAAGGAGGAAUUAAUCGUUGUUUCACUUGACAAUGAGGAGAA